AAAAUUAAGGAUAUGAUGUGUUUCGGCAGCUUCACAAUCCAACACUGUUGAAGUCUCCAGCUGCUUCUACACCUGAAAAUCCUGAGGAUGUUUCCUCGGGGAAAACACUCCAACGCUCAAGUCAGCAAUACUCAAUGUUCUAGAGAAAGAUGCUCCCGAGGAGUAUUUGCAGAGUGAGAAGCGUAGAGAUUAAUUACCUUCAUCGGAGGUAGUUGGGGGGUAUUUAUAGCCCCUUGGUGCUGACAUACAUCUGCAUGUGUAAGCAUCCCCUUGACCCACGUGGCAUUGGUCACGUGGGUGCGCUUGUACUGAUGCUCCUUCAGCUUGGGCUAAUGGGUGGUAGUUUAGUUGACGAACUGGGAUGGAUGUGGCCACGGGUGGAGCUUGGCGAUGGCCGAGCUGAGAGGGGUUUGUGGCCUAGUGCGAGUUGCAAUCCGUGUAACGACCUGAGAAAUGUGGUUGCCGUCAUGAUGUGUGGCGAUCUGAAUCUGGGGGAUUUUAGCAUACGAUCUACACUUGUGACCGAACUGGCCGGGUUGAGCCGAUCUGGCGAAUGUGUCAUUUUUGUAACGACCUGGCAAGUAUGCUCACAAUGGCGAGCUGGUGUACAGCAUGGGCAUUUGAGGGACGUGACAGCUAAAACCGGCGCACGUUAUGCAGGAGGGGCGUUAAGCGCCUGCCACGUGUGGGACGCUAGUUGGCGCGUCAGAAACACGCGUACGGCAAUUAACAGCGCCAUAUCCUUCUCUGCCGAAACGCUCCAGCUUGAAGAACAGUACACCGAAUCGACUUCACAUCAGUUUCAGGUAAAAAUGGUUUCAUUGAGAGAACUCACAGAGCAACGAGGUAACCAGGGCAGAGAGGGAGAAGAGGAAGGGGUUUUGUCCGUGGAGCCUAUCACUAUGAUAGUGCCAUCGGAGUUGCAGGAUGUACUGGAAACAACGGCGUCUGAGAACAGCGCCGGUUCCAACACCAGCGACAACGGUGACGACCACCGUAGUGCAUCGUCGAGCAGCUCGUCUACCGAAGAGACACCCAGCCGCGAGGAAGGGAUGGGGGACGUGGUGAGCAGUGUCUCAGAUCGGCCGGUGAUUGGGGAAUGGGAAAGCACGACGAUCCCGGGCAGGCUGAGCAACCUGCGAAAAGCACCAAAGGACCUGCCCGCUGGAUUCAGGUUCAGGGCUGCACUUCAUCACGAAGUAGCAGAUUGUACACCCUCCAUAAGUGGAUAUAAAAGGCUCGAGGAGAUGGUGAGGGCGUACCACAUCCCCAAAACCAUACUGCUGCGGACUGGUGGGAAGAACGAAAGGGCGUGCACGGUGUCGCAAACGGGCUGGAUCCCAGUAUACGCGGACCACUUUGACGCCGGCCUGCGAUUUCCCCUGCCCGGCCUGGUGUUCGAUCUGCUCGCGGAAUACGAGCUGGCGCUGACGCAGCUAACGCCCAACAACAUAAGGUUCAUCAUAGGCUUUAUGUUGUUAUGCGCAAGAUUGGAAAUGCCAGCUAAAGCGAUAGUGUUCAGGUCGCUAUUCCAGUGCUGGCUGUGUCCGAACUCACGAGGAGCGAAGUGGUACUACCUCUCUGGGAGGGAUAAGAGCCAGCUCUUCAAAAACGUGAGGAACAAAGUGGCGAGGUGGAAGAGACAGUUUAUCUUUGUUCGAGACGCACGAGCGGAAAGGAUAAACAACGACCUCGCUGCCCGGCUGUCUGAGUGGCGCAUGCCAAACGCCCACAUCAACUACCCCCAGUUGCUGCCCCGGAAUGUCGAUCUGAAGAACCAGCUGCUUCAGUAUGCGCAGGGGGAGGGUCUUAUAGAUCUAGAAGCCCUGGUUACCUCGGAGCAGCUCGCCGUGUUCGGGUUUGUCGAUGUGACAAACCUGUUCAGCGAAGCGUCAACGUGCCCAGAGCUCAUGAGGUCGUGGGACGGGCGGCAGCUCGCAGAGACAGACGCGGUCCUUGAGGACGGGGAGGAUCCCACGGGGUUGCCCUCUUUCGAUGCAUGGGUAGAAGGUGCUCCUGUAGCUGAGCAGGAGCCUUCAACCACCCCGCCUAGCUCUCAGCCCGCCGUGGUACCGAUCAGCUCGCCAGCCAGCGCAUCUAUCCCUGAGCCCGCCGGCCAAUCUCCUCCAGCUCGCUCUCCUGCGGCUGCUGCCGAUGCAUCCAUGCCCGUCGAUCUGACGGACGACUAGGCUAAGGACUUCAUGUUUCAUUCUUUUGUACUUUUGUUUUGGCAUUUUUGUAUUUGAUCAAUAGAUUCAGAUCAUAUGU